AGCAGCUACAGCCGCGGCGCUGGUAGAGCCGGAGGUCAGACCGGAGAGGGGGCGCUGUGCGGUGCACGCAGGCCCCUUAAAGGGACUCACGGAGGGCCGUUGCGAGCAUGGAGGCCGCGGCCGGGCAGGAGCUGCAGGUCGGCUCGUCGGUGCCGGUCCUGGUGGAACAAAUAGUGAACGAUACGCUGCUGGUGACCCUGACUUGCGGGGAAAGGACCUUCACCGGGAUACUUCUGGACUGCAGCAAGAAAUCAGGAUUGUUCUGUGUGCCCCCCAAGUCGAUUCCAAAUUAUGAAGAUUCGCCAAGCAAUGGUUCCUCUAAUGUUGUAUCUGAAAAUACCAACCCAAGACUUCUGUCUGAAACUCCCCUUCAAGAUGGUGGCCUCCCUAUGGCGAGUAACACUGACCAGGUUCCCCCUUUGAUUCCUCCACCAGGAGUUGCUCCUUGUUACCCCCCUUACUUUGAAGGGGCCCCUUUCCCCCCUCCAUUGUGGCUGAGGAACUCACACAAUCAAUGGGUUCCCCAGCCACCACCAAGGACUAUUAAACGGACUAAAAGGAGAACAUCAAGAAACAAGGAUCCAGGGAGGCUUAUAAUGAGUACCAUAAGACUAAGACCACGGCAAGUUCUUUGUGAAAAAUGCAAGAACACAUUGAAUGCUGAAGAGACCGAUGGAGAGAAACAAAAUCCUAGUAGAAGUAGCAGAAAGCCUAAUGAUGAACUAAAUAAAACUGAAUCAGAAUCGGAAGACAGAAAGUCUGGGAAAGAGAAGAGAGAGGAUCAGACAUCCUCAAAAGACUUGGUGCCCAGAAGUCCAGUUAUAAAAAUAUCUUAUAGUACACCUCAAGGUAAAGGGGAAGUGGUUAAAAUCCCGUCCCGUGUACAUGGUUCCGUGGAACCAUUUUGCCCAGAUCAGACUUCACAAAACGGAAGCAGGGACCAAGAAACUUCAAGAGAAUGUGAUAAGUAUCAGACUCCAAAGCGAUCAACGGACAAAUCAUCUGACAGCCAUUUGUCAUCCAUUCCAAAGCUAAAGUUAACAAAGCCCUUGCAUUCCGGUACAGCUGCACCACCACCCAAAAUCAGACUUAAACCUCAACGAGUAAGCAGCAGACAAAGUAACUCAAUUUAUAAAUCUGAGCUAAUUGAAAUAGACAUUCUCCAGAACAGCAGGGAGUCUGAUUCCUCUGGUUUUUAUAUGGAUGACUCCUCUGAAAAAAGACUCCGUGAGGGAAGCUCAGGUGAAGAUGAGGAUUUUAAAGGUUUUCCACACAAUAAAGAAGCAUCUAAUUUAAAUUUGCUUGUAAAUUACCGGAAAAGAAAAGCAGACUCGUCCAGUGCGUCCUUGUGUAGCAAUGACAGCAUGGAUGAAUCAAAAUCUUCUUGUUUGGAACUGAAUUCCAUGGAAUUUUGUGAUAUUUUGCCUGGUGAUGAUCUUUCUGUUUCAUCAUCAUCCAAAGAUGAACGUAAAACUGUUCCACGACUGACUGUUAGGCUGCACGCUAAAAGUGUUACAAACUGUGUUACUGUUGAGGGAAAGACUAUUUCAGUAGGAGAUAUUGUAUGGGGCAAGGUCCAUGGCUUUCCUUGGUGGCCCGCACGCAUUAUAAGCAUUCAUGUGAACCAGGGAGAGGAUGGUGAACCGCCUUGGCAAGAAGCAACAGUUUCAUGGUUUGGUUCGCCAACAACAUCCAGUUUGUCCGUUUCAAAGCUCUCGUCGUUUUCUGAAUUUUUCAAACUAAGAUUUAAUCGGAAGAAGAAAGGCAUGUAUCGUAAAGCUAUUGCAGAAGCAGCAAAGGCUACUAAGCACCUUACACCAGAAAUUAGGGAGCUACUAAUGCAGUGUGAAACGUAAUGGUCACAGAGCAGGAUUAGGACACAGCUGUUCUCCUAAAGUUACAUGAUGCCUGUAAACAUCCUGACUGUCUUCCCUGGAGACUCUUGCGGUGGAUACACUACUGACAGCAAGAUGAGUUAUCUUGUCAUCUGUGAAAGAUGGCCGUCACCUGGACCACAGUUUGGAGUCUGUGCUUCAGAGCUGACGGGAGGAAUUCUCAAGGACAUCUGCCCAAACUAAAAUAUGCUCUGUUUUUUUUACAUUGUGACAGAAGGAACUUUUUGAAACAAAAUUAAAUGUUAUUUAUUACUAAAAAAAACUUUAUACUUUUUCUUUAAAAAAUAAAAUCUGCUACUGGUUUUAAGUUUACAUGUAUGAGACUAAAGCUGCAACUAAGAGCUAUUGGUGGAUAAACUGCAAUUAACGUGUCAUCAUAAUCACCAACUUCCAGUUUUUUUGAAAGAAAACUUUUAAAUCGCACCUCUAUCGUUAUUUUCACUCCACAUGUUUUACUUUUAGAAAUCUGUCAUAUGUAACACAUUCUAGGAAAUUGUUUAAUUUGUUUUGUAUUUUUGAAAUGGAAAAAUAAUGCUGCUUAUUGCCUAUUAAAAUACCAAAAAACAAA